AUGAAGUUAAUCAAUAAUAAAAUAAAUGGCAAUAUUCCUACUUCUGAUCAAAAAUAUGUAUUUGAUUUUGAACAAUAUUCUUGGGACCAACAACCAAAUACUUUAAAAUGUGAUUUAAUGAAGCAUGCAAGGAACAGAAUUGAAUGUGAACGACAAAAUAUAGAAAAAAAUAUUAAAUUAAAAGAAGCUAUUCAACAUGAACAAUUAAGGCUAACUUAUUUUUUGAAUUCAUUGAAACAAUUAAAAAUGGAAGUAAUGGACAAACUUAAAAUGGUACCGGAUUCAUAAACAAUCAUCUGGGUAAAUUUAUACUCAAAAUACAAUGUAUUAAAUACUUUUAUAAUUAAG